AUGUGGAGACUUCGGUCUAAAUUAAAGCUCCUUAGCAGAAGACUAUCUCAAUGGUCUAGAGAGGAUAUUGGCGACAUUCAUGAACAAGUUCUGAAAUGUGAGCAAAAAAUCCAGAGCCUUGAAGAACAUGAGAUUAUCAGCAAUACUGAGGCAGCUCGGGAAGAAACCAAUAAGGCACAUGCGGAAUAUAUUAGAUGGCUGAAUAUGCAAGAUUCCCUACUAAUCCAAAAAACAAAUUUCAAAGGGUUUGAGGAAGGAGACAGAAACACCAGAUAUUUUUAUAGUAUGAUCAGAGAAAAAAGAAGAAAGCUUCAGCUAAACAGGAUAAAAAAUCAUAAAGGCAAAUGGAUACAGGGAGACAAUAAAAUAGCUAAAGUUGCUAUUAAGCAUUUCAAUUCCAUAUUCAACCUUCCAGUAGCUAAAAUAGAUCCUACUUUACUGAAUUGUAUCUCUAAAAGGAUCACAGAAGAAGAAAGUGACAACCUUAAUAAAGAACCAAGUGAGGAAGAAAUUAGACAUGCAGUUUUUAGCUUGUCUGCUUCUAGUGCAGCUGGUCCAGAUGGCUACAAUGGCACAUUCUUCCAUAAUUGUUGGGACAUCAUUGAAUAG